UGUGUGCUGUGGAGGAGUGACACGUGCUGACGAUAAAAAUAAAUAAAAAAAUUACAAAAAAAAUAAUAAUAAUAACGGGCACAUCCAGGAGUUUUAUUUUUUUAUCUUUGUUUUUUUGUUUUGUUUUUUUUUAACUGUAUAUAAAUUUAAGGUGGAGUUUUGUUUCUCAAUUUUUACUUGAACUGGGAAGAAUUAACCCCGCAUUUUGGCAACCAUGGGAAGAGGAGAAGGACGAGAGCAGUAUGAGUUGGCUGCGACCUCGGAGCAGGGCGGCAAGAAGAAGGCGAAGGGCAAGAAGAAAGAAAAGGAUAUGGAUUAACUGAAGAAGGAAGUGGACAUGGAUGAUCACAAGCUGACCCUGGAUGAACUCAACCGUAAAUAUGGAACGGACCUCACCAAUGGGUUGACUAGUGAGAAGGCUGCUGAGAUUCUGGCCCGUGAUGGACCCAACGCCCUCACUCCUCCUCCAACCACUCCAGAGUGGGUCAAAUUCUGCAAACAGAUGUUUGGUGGUUUCUCCAUGCUUCUGUGGACUGGUGCCAUCCUCUGUUUCCUGGCCUAUGGUAUUCAGGCUGCAAUGGAGGAGGAACCUGCCAAUGAUAAUUUGUACCUGGGUGUUGUGCUUUCUGCUGUUGUCAUCAUCACUGGUUGCUUCUCCUACUACCAAGAAGCCAAGAGCUCCAAGAUCAUGGACUCCUUCAAGAACCUGGUCCCACAGCAAGCACUGGUUGUUCGUGACGGUGAGAAGAAAAGCAUCAACGCUGAGGACGUGGUGGUCGGUGAUUUAGUGGAGGUGAAAGGUGGUGACAGGAUCCCUGCUGAUCUGCGAAUCAUCUCUGCCCACGGCUGCAAGGUGGACAAUUCCUCUCUCACCGGUGAAUCUGAGCCCCAGACUCGUACUCCUGAUUUCUCCAACGAGAACCCACUGGAGACGAGGAACAUCGCUUUUUUCUCCACCAACUGUGUUGAAGGAACUGCUCGUGGUAUCGUGAUCAGCACCGGAGAUCGGACCGUCAUGGGUCGUAUCGCUACCCUAGCUUCUGGACUUGAGGUCGGACGCACUCCGAUCUCUAUCGAGAUUGAACACUUCAUCCACAUCAUCACUGGCGUGGCCGUCUUCCUCGGCGUGUCCUUUUUCAUCCUCUCCCUCAUCCUUGGAUACACCUGGCUUGAGGCUGUCAUCUUCCUUAUUGGUAUCAUUGUCGCCAAUGUGCCAGAAGGUCUCCUUGCUACUGUCACUGUGUGUCUGACCCUGACUGCUAAGCGUAUGGCCAAGAAGAACUGCCUGGUGAAGAACUUGGAAGCGGUCGAGACUCUGGGCUCCACCUCCACCAUCUGCUCAGACAAGACCGGCACCCUGACCCAGAACAGAAUGACCGUGGCCCACAUGUGGUUUGAUAACCAGAUCCACGAGGCUGACACCACUGAGAACCAGAGCGGUACCUCUUUUGACAGGAGCUCCGCUACCUGGGCUGCUCUGGCUAGGAUCGCCGGAUUGUGCAACCGUGCCGUCUUCCUGGCCGAGCAGAGCAAUAUUCCCAUUCUGAAGAGAGAUGUGGCCGGUGAUGCUUCUGAGUCGGCUCUGCUGAAGUGUAUUGAGCUUUGCUGCGGUUCAGUCCAGGAAAUCAGAGAGAAAACGCCCAAAAUUGCUGAGAUCCCUUUCAACUCAACUAACAAGUACCAGCUUUCCAUUCACAAGAAUUCCGGUUCUGAAGGAGAGUCCAAGCACCUGCUGGUGAUGAAAGGAGCUCCAGAGAGAAUUCUGGACCGCUGCUCCACCAUCAUGAUGCAGGGCAAAGAGCAGCCUCUGGAUGACGAGAUGAAAGACGCUUUCCAGAAUGCCUACCUCGAGCUGGGAGGUCUGGGAGAGAGAGUACUGGGUUUCUGCCACUAUCACCUGCCUGAUGAGCAGUUCCCAGAGGACUUUGCUUUUGACACUGAUGAGGUGAACUUCCCCACUGAGAACCUGUGCUUCAUUGGCCUCAUGUCCAUGAUUGACCCUCCUCGUGCUGCUGUGCCCGACGCUGUGGGUAAAUGCAGAAGCGCUGGAAUCAAGGUUAUUAUGGUAACAGGUGAUCACCCAAUCACAGCUAAGGCCAUUGCUAAGGGUGUGGGUAUCAUCUCUGAAGGCAAUGAGACUGUUGAGGACAUCGCUGCACGCUUGAACAUCCCAAUCAAUGAAGUCAAUCCAAGAGAUGCCAAGGCCUGCGUCGUUCAUGGCGGCGAUCUGAAGGAUCUGACACCAGAGCAGCUGGACGACAUCUUGAAGCACCACACGGAGAUCGUUUUUGCCAGAACCUCACCGCAACAGAAGCUGAUCAUUGUGGAGGGCUGCCAGAGACAGGGCGCCAUUGUGGCCGUGACAGGUGACGGCGUGAACGACUCUCCGGCUCUGAAGAAAGCAGACAUUGGUGUCGCAAUGGGGAUCGCCGGGUCCGACGUCUCCAAGCAGGCCGCCGACAUGAUCCUGCUGGACGAUAACUUUGCCUCAAUCGUCACUGGAGUGGAAGAAGGCCGUCUGAUCUUUGACAACUUGAAGAAGUCCAUCGCCUACACUCUGACCAGUAACAUCCCUGAGAUCACCCCCUUCCUCCUCUUCAUCAUCGCCAGCAUCCCUCUGCCCCUGGGAACCGUCACCAUCCUCUGUAUUGAUCUGGGAACUGAUAUGGUCCCCGCCAUCUCCCUGGCUUACGAAGCAGCUGAGAGCGACAUCAUGAAGAGACAGCCCAGAAACCCCAAAACGGACAAGCUGGUGAAUGAGAGGCUCAUCAGCAUAGCCUACGGACAAAUUGGUAUGAUUCAGGCACUGGCAGGCUUCUUCACCUACUUUGUGAUCUUGGCUGAAAACGGCUUCCUGCCGGCCACCCUGGUAGGGAUAAGAGUCUCCUGGGAUAAUAAAUACAUCAACGACCUGGAAGACAGCUACGGACAACAGUGGACUUACGAGCAGAGGAAGAUCGUGGAGUUCACCUGUCACACAGCCUUCUUCGUCAGCAUCGUCAUCGUACAGUGGGCUGAUCUGAUAAUCUGCAAGACCAGGAGGAACUCCGUCUUCCAACAGGGCAUGAAGAACAAGAUCCUGAUCUUUGGGCUGUUUGAGGAGACCGCUCUGGCUGCCUUCCUGUCCUACUGCCCAGGCAUGGAUGUCGCCCUCAGAAUGUAUCCUCUUAAGCCCAACUGGUGGUUCUGCGCCUUCCCCUACUCCCUGCUUAUCUUUAUCUAUGAUGAAAUCCGUAAGCUGAUCCUCAGACGCAGCCCAGGAGGCUGGGUGGAACGGGAGACCUACUACUAAAGACCUGUCAGCCUGUCAGUCCAGUCAGCUCGUAUCUUCUCCUCCACUCCCGUCUUUGCAUGAAUAUUGUCUUGCUGCUCGGAAUAAAAUUUUAACCUCUGUGAAGAAAAAAAAAAAAUUGGAACAUGUUUUUAUAUUAGGGAAUGCUUGAUACUACUCUUAGACAAAUACUGAGUUGGAACGUGAUGAUGAUGCUUGAUGAUGUUGAUAAAUGAUAAUGCUAAUAAUGACAUGAACACUGAACAUUGACAUGACUAUGCGUGCCUUGUUUCUGAAACAGGACCAAUUUUAUACAUGUUUUUAACAGUUAUAAACGUUAAAUAAAAAUGCGCUCGAGUCAGGUCCCACAAA